CGUCUCCCAGCUUUCCGCAUCUUUCUCUCUCUCAUCCUUUCACACAAGAAAUUCUCGAACUCUCUCUUCUUUUUGCUGAUUUCUCUUCUCGAAUCUUCGAACCGAUCCAUGGCGGAGAAGCAUUUCAAGUACGUGAUCGUCGGGGGCGGCGUUUCUGGUGGUUAUGCUGCUAGGGAGUUUGCUAGACAUGGCCUUAAGCCAGGCGAGCUGGCGAUUAUAUCCAAAGAGGCGGUGGCUCCUUAUGAGCGUCCUGCACUUAGCAAGGCAUACCUUUUCCCCGAGGGAGCUGCAAGACUCCCAGGGUUUCAUGUUUGUGUUGGGAGUGGAGGCGAGAGACUUCUUCCCGAAUGGUAUACCGAAAAAGGCAUUGAGCUGAUUCUUAGCACUGAGAUAGUGAAAGCAGAUCUUGCUUCCAAGGUUCUCAUAAGUGCAGCUGGAGCAACCUUCAAAUAUGAUAUUUUGGUCAUUGCAACUGGUUCCACAGUUAUUAGGUUGUCUGAUUUUGGUGUUCAAGGAGCUGAUGCCAAAAAUAUUUUCUAUUUGAGAGAAAUUGAAGAUGCUGAUAAGCUCAUAGAAGUGAUUAAGGCGAAAAAGAAUGGAAAGGCUGUUAUUGUCGGAGGAGGAUACAUUGGUCUUGAGCUGGGUGCAGUUAUGAAAAUCAACAACUUUGAUGUUUCUAUGGUGUAUCCUGAACCGUGGUGCAUGCCUCGGCUUUUCACUUCAGGAAUAGCUGCUUUCUAUGAGGGCUAUUAUGCGAAUAAAGGAAUCAGCAUUAUAAAGGGCACAGUAGCUGUUGGAUUUGAUUCAGAUGCAAAUGGGGAGGUGAAGGCAGUAAAACUGAAGGAUGGGAGAGUGUUGGAGGCUGACAUCGUCGUUGUUGGUGUCGGGGGACGACCACUAACAACACUGUUUAAGGGUCAAGUUCAAGAGGAGAAAGGUGGAAUUAAGACUGAUGGAUUCUUCAAGACAAGUGUCCCUGAUGUGUAUGCAGUGGGAGAUGUGGCUACGUUUCCUUUGAAGUUGUACAACGAGUUGAGGAGAGUGGAGCAUGUUGAUCAUGCUAGGAAAUCAGCUGAGCAGGCUGUGAAGGCAAUCAAAGCAAGCGAGGAAGGCAAAGUGAUCGACGAAUACGACUACCUCCCAUACUUCUAUUCCCGCUCCUUUGACCUCUCGUGGCAGUUCUAUGGCGACAACGUUGGGGACACAGUGCUGUUCGGCAACAACAAUCCAUCGUCGCCAAAGCCCAAGUUCGGAUCAUACUGGAUCAAAGAUGGGAAGGUGGUGGGUGCCUUCUUCGAGGGUGGGACGCCUGAGGAGAACAAGGCCAUUGCCAAAGUCGCCAGGGUCCAACCACCUGUCGAAGAUAUCGACCAGCUUGCUAAGGAGGGCAUCAGCUUUGCAGCCAAGAUCUGAAUUUGAAGCUUUUGAAAAGGUCAUGGUAAUCACAUUCCGUUCCAUUUGAAAAAAUUACGAUUUGAGUUUUUUCUUGAUAUAAAUGGAUUUGUUUUCGUCAGAGUUUUUAUUGGAUAGGAGAAUGUGAUGUGUGUUUGUUUUUACUGGGUUUUAGCAAUGAGUCAGCAUAUGUGGUUCAUGAUCUCUUUCAUAGUAGACAGAAUAAAUGAUAAUGUAUGAUUACUGUUUUAUCAACCAGUGAUAAGAAAUUGGCCCACUUUGAUCCA